CACCGGUGUGUCGGUCACAAUCUGUGAAGCUAAUCUCUUUGACUAAUAGAUAGAAAAAUUUUAUUCAUCUUGGGUGGAUAACUCACUUCAGUACAAUAAUAGUUGCUUUAAGGCUAUUUUGAUUAUCGAAGGUUAUUGCUAGUAUUUUUAUUGAUUGAUUUUUACACACGUGAGCAGUCUUCGAAACGGCUAAUCUCGCUUGUUAACAAAGCAAUCUAUUUGCAAUAUAGCAGAAUAUGCAAUUGACGAAUAAAGGCCGGUGUCAUUUUUUGGCGCUCUUUUAACAAUAAUAAUAAUAAAUUCGGAUUUGUGGAAACCACAAAAGAACGUGUGAGAAUUAGGCAAUCAAAUUGUCUAAACAAGCUCGAAAUUGCGUCUGUCAGUUUUACAGGUAAUGAUGACUCAAAUCGAAUAAGCAGUCAAAUGAAUGAUCACUAGCGUGCACGCUACACGUUAUAACGCAUGGCUUCGUACCCUCGCAAACUCGCGCCAAGAUAUGGUCGUGCUAUUGCGUGAAUAGCAGAUGACAUCUUCUAAAUAGGACAACGCGUACACAUUCGACCCAUUAAAAGCGCGAGUGCAGACAUCGUGGACGACAUUUGCUGCGAAUGAACCCAAUCGUCGGUGAAGUUCGUUACCCUUAGCGUAACUCUACUCAAACGGCAGCCAUAAAAAGCGACUAGAAAACUAACGGACCAAUUGUGUAAUCCUGUCUGCUUAAUAUUAUAUCACCUAUCAGGUGGACGUGUCUUUGAAUUUGCGUACAAUUUGUGCAUUACAAUGUUGGAAACUGUUCCUAGUCCGGACUUUCUCAGUGGCGUAGAUUGGCGCAUGGAUUUACCGGAGGGUUCAUUUCCGUCGAGCAAAUGGAACGCAAACGAACCAACGCAGUCCGCGGCCAGUCGAAGAAGCCCAAUACUGACACAAAUAGGCUCGGCCUUCAGCUUUGUUUCGAACAACUCUCCCGGGCAGAAGAACAGUUCGGCCAUUGGCGAAGGAAUCCCGUUGUCGAAGACGGGAGGAUCUGCGGGCAUUCCUAUCGCCCAAAGCUCUGUAUGGUCACCGAAGCAGAAUACUGACCCUCUACACGACAUUCGUACGAGCAUACAGAAUGGUUCUCUGUUCAAAUUCGCAGAGUCCACUCUGGCAAAUCAAUUUGGCUCAAUGCACCUGCUCGGUCAAAGAGUUUCUACUAGUAGCUCUGACACCAACAGCAGCAAUUCUGGUAAUAGUAACGGAAACAAUCUAAAUAACGGAAGAAACCCUAGCAAGCAUCAAACUUCGGAAUCGUCGUCUACCUCCUCAAUGGCUUCUCUGCAGUACCCAGUUUCCCAGGCUUCGUGGAGUACUAUGGUGCAGAAAAAUCCUCGGCCCAUAAAGCAAGCCCGAAGUCGUCCUCGACCGGCGAAAACGUUUACUUUCACAGCGUCGGGAUGUUGCAGUUCACCGAAAAUCAGAGUCAUCUGCACUGCUUGUAACGAAGAGCACGUAACCAAGGUCAAUGAGGAGUUGAGGCCAAGGGUCAUUCCCGUAGCGACUUCGCAGCUCGGCUUUUGCCGUUUCUGCCAAUCUAACGGUGAUCCAGCUGAGGUUUAUCAGAGCCACUGUCUACGAUCGGAUGACGGUAAGGUUACAUGCCCCGUGUUGCGUGAGUACAACUGCCCGAUUUGCAAGAACGGCGGGGGAGAUUAUGCCCAUACAAUCAAGUACUGCCCGUUUGCGCGCAAAGCGAAACCGUAGAUUCGGGAGUCGGCCAGCACUGAACGCUAGAAGCGAGAGUGCCCUGAAAUUGGCCUCGGAAAAAGCGACACUAAGGAGCACAAUAUAUGCCUUUUACAUUAUCGAGCACGUAGGAAAUAAUGUGAAUCGAAAUAUUAAAAAAUAUGUGUAAGGAUGGCGGGCGAAAUACUGUAACAACAUGUUGGAGGUUUUUUUUUUUUGCUGUAGAUGUCUACGAGAUAAGCCAAGUAGGUGAGCGGCAGUGUUGCGAAUCCAUGACAGUGGUACAUUAAAGCAUGGAAGUUCGCUUACGAGUUCGAGCUCGUUACUCGGCUUCUCUUUUCAGGCGUCUGUACGGUAAAUGACGGGUUUUACUUUCCUAAACUAAAUACACUUUUUAUUAACUGCUUUAACAUAUCUUCUAGGGAGCUCUACACAUGAGCUGUACGGUAGGAGGCACUUAACGGUUGUAUAGUUUUUCAGCGCAAUGGUUGCUGGUACCGCGCUUAAUCCGAAUGAAAUGACUACGUGGUGUUGGUGGCCGUUGUAAAGCACGUUGAUGCGGCAGUUGUGAGCUUUACAUGCCCCGGUAUUGCACGUAAAAUUGUUGUGUAUCAGAUCUGUCAAAGGGAUUUUUACAUUGUAGUUUGUAGUUCAAUCUGGAUGAGAACUGGCUCAGGGCGUCUCUCGUCUGUGAUUGUCGAUGCAGCGUGUGACGACUCGAAAACCAGUGACGAUGAAAAAAUGCUUUCAGGCGUGGAAAGGCUGGCCGGCGCGUUCUAUAAUAGCAAGGAAUUUCUAUUAAUUGAUAUCAUUGCACAUAUGUCGAAUUGACAAAAAAAAAAAAUAUGUGAUGAUAAUAAUCACUGAUCAGUAACAACUGGACGUGUGUUUUGUUGAGCACCAUUCUUUCAUUUCACGAUAGUUAACAGCUGUAGUCAUUUAGUCAAUGACUCUCGAAAUGAUCAGGUAAACAAAUGAGAGUAACCGUAUUUGUUAAUCUCCACUGACGUAAUUAUCAUUAAAAGUAUUAUUAUUAUUAUUAUUACUAUAAUUAUGCUUAUUAUUAUUAUUAUUAUUAUUAUUAUUAUUGUUAUUAUUAUCACUGUUAUUUUGAUCACUACCGAUUCGAAAUAAGGCAAAGUAUGGACGAAUACCACGCGAUUGUCCGGUCCAUUUCACAAUUUCGAAACAUUCGAUUUGAAAGUCUGUGAUUGUUUAUCAAUGCUUGAUUCCUUCAUAACUUAUCAUUGUUAAGUGCGUAUUUACAUUUAUUUCAAAAUGACAGACAAACCUAAUUGCAAGUGAUAAGGAAUUUCUUGUUCCAAACGUGUGCCUAUAUUGUGUACAUAUUCUAAUAAUCGACAUUAUAAUACUUAUACUGUCAUAUAAAUGAAUUUCAAAUUAAAGAUAUUAUAAACGUU